AUGUCGCAGGAACCCGAAGACCUUCAGCCUACGGCCGAACAGGCAAAUCAGGAAUUCCACCAAACAAUCAUCAAUCAUAUUCAUCCAAAGGCAAAGAAGCUCCCGCUUCUUUACAACCAAAUCGUUCAAAACCUAGAACGCUACAGGCCUUCCUCUGCACGAACUUGGUCAGCCCAUGGUAUGAGCAAGCGGUUCCAGAGGUUUUUCGACGCGACGGAAGAAGAGGCGAAACCAGACCUGGCAUCAUAUCUCGCAGCAAAAGCAGCGAGAGCGGUCUUGGGCCAUCGCGAUGGUGACCUUUAUGCCCAGCACGUAUCCAGAAGAUAUCUUGACGAGUGGGCCGAGGAGCAGCUACGUGCAAUGGCUGCUGAGAACCAAGGCUCUCCCAAGUCGAACGAGGAGGGUGGUGCCAAGGGGUCGCCAAAGCUGAAGAUCGAGCCGAUUGAAUGGUCUUUGAGCGACGUCUCCCAACAUGAGAAGGCCGAAGUUGACGAUUCUGAGCCUCUUGCGGCGCCUGCUCCGCAGCCCAUCGUGCGCCCCAAACCCGAGCCCGCGAGGCACGCCACGCCUCUUAACCGCGACCUUUUACGGCCGCUUUCAACUCUGGGCAAAAGACAAGCCAGCCGCUCUGGGAUGCCUAGGCCCAAACGGCCUAGAAUGGUUGAUGAGGGCUGCUUAGCCAAAGUUGACUACCGAGACUCGGGGACUCAGACGGACGAUGAUGAGAAGGACAAGACACGCAGCAAGUCUCCAGACUUGAAAUCGGAUAUCGAAGCGUUGGUUGACGCCGCCAUCGCUCGACGCAGCACAAGCAGCCAGGAGACGGCACUGUCCUCCAUGGUGAAUUCCAGGGUGGCACUCGUCCAGGAUACGCUUCCCGCACGGAUGAUUACCGAAUUGUCUCCCUCGCCUGCCAUGCAGUAUCCAACAGAGAGCGUGAGCGCCUAUGGGAGGGUCAUCCCGCCUCCUAGACGACCGGAACCGGGCUACAUGCCUCAAGACAUGUGGGAUGGGGGUCAUGGUCGGGGUCCGAGAGGAGAUCCUUAUGGGUAUCCUGGGCCGGAGUACGGCUCAAUGAUGGACACCAUGUGGGCGUUUGGCAGGGUCGGCUACCGUCGCUGA